GCCACGGCACUCGUUCGGAACCCAGGGUAUGCCUCCUUGUCGCAGAAUGCAUGUGCCGCGAGACAUUUUUGGUUGUUUGAUCUCGGAUAUUCGGACCACGAGCAGGACCGCUUUUGAAGAAAUCCUUCGCUCCCACACCCUGUGAUACGUUCUUGCGAGGGAUAAGUUGAUACUCACUAGAAAUAGAUCGGUCCGGUAGGGUAUUGUAGAUUCCCGGCGUUUUACUUUAGUGUGGAAUAAUAUGUCCUCUGCGUCCGAAAAGGCGCUCGCUACCGGUUCUGAGAGUGAACCGAAGGACGGGGCGCUUACGCCGGAGAAAGCAGACAACGUCGCAGGCCUUCGGUCGGAGCAACUUCUCGCGAAACCUGGCAAGGACGGAUUGUCGACGUCGAAAGGGACGAGUAAUGCGAGUUCCAAAGGUGGGCGACUUGGACUCCCAGUUCCAGAGAAGAUAAAGAAGGUGGAUUCCUGCCCGCUGAACCAGCACGGGUGGACCCACACGUGCGAGCCGGACCUCCGGGGGAAGUACCAGGACAAUGUUGUUUGCCAGUCGCCCUUUUCCCAGGCCAUUGGCACCUUUACCGGCGCGGACGUCCGGGCAGGGAUUUCCGCGCUGCGCGCACAGGACGGCAGUGUGGGAGAGUUCGAGGGCAAGUUGCUCGGAAGGUUGGGCUUCCUGCUAGAAGAGGACGAGGACGCGGAGGAAACAACUUCUGAUGCCUUGAACCAAGUAGAGACUACUUCAGGCGAGAAUAAGAACACCGCAGAAGUUGCGAAAAGAAUCCGGACGACCGUGAACGUAAGUCAAAUCGGCGACGAGAAGCUUUACCAGUGGCCCAGCGCGGAGGGGCACUGUGCGCCGGGGAAGUGGGGCUGUCCGGUAUCCUUUUCGGACAAAAGCGUCGUCCAGGAAAAGCUCGAGAACGUGGACGAGGACGCCGUGGUGGUCCUGCAAGCAAAUCUUCACCGGGUGGUUUCCUACGACGCGCACGACGCCAUGCUCUUUCUCAGUUGCCGGUCCGUCCGGCAUCUGGCGCUCGUGCGCCCGUUACUGGAGGUCAAGGCGAACGCGGCCUACCAAGACAGAUUCGGGCACACCUGUUUACACCAAGCGGUGACACGUUGCAGUGCGGAAGGGGAUGCGGAGACGAUUUGCUUUUUACCCUCGUUCCAAGCGAUGCAGGCGAGGCACCUGCAGGACAUUGGCUGCCGAAACGUGGGAAACGUCGAUCCGGUGCUAAACGACGAUGCUGCAACUACGUCGGAAAAAAACGAAAAAACAGAGAGCCGAGCGUCGCUGACGGACUUUGACACAGACGUCCAUGCGGAGCAGCCGGGAGAGGAAAUUGAAAAAGCAGUGGCGGAGGCUGCCGGGGACACGGGAGAAGCUAAUGUCCUCAAACCUGCGGGAGAUAAUAACAUGGCUGAACAGCAGCGUGCGGUUUUGAGCGAAGAUGCAGGGGGAGAACCGAAAGAAGGCAGUCACACGCAGGCGGAGGGCGGCGACGCCAGUGACGAGACUGCCGGGAGCGCAGGAGAGGUUGUUCUCGCUGCAGACGGGACAGACACUCCACCGCCCGCUGCUACAGGUAACGCAGGGCAGGACCAGGUUACGAUCAGUAAAGCCUCCUCAUCCGCUCCUGCGAGUGAGGCGGCGUCCAAGAAGAAUGCCGAUCAGGCAACUGCUACUAGACAGGGAGACGCGUCGCAGCCCACCACAUUUCUUGAUGUGGUACAGCUUUUGUUACAGAACAAAGCCAGCGCAAACCAUCCAGUUUUCCCUCCGCUUCUGGAUUGCAAGAGCGUCCGGUGUUUGAGGCUACUGCUGGAUGCCAAAGCCUCACUACUGGUCCAGCGCAGCAGCGAAGAAAUUAUGCAGGAGGACAGUGCCCUCCACUGCUACGCUAUGCGGAACGACCGGGCCAUGGUGUGGGUCCUUUUGAAAGAAGCAGAAAAACGGGGGCAGCUGAAGCAGCUCGCAGCACUCAAGGAUCUGUUUGGCCAGUCGGCCGCGAGUGCCGUGCAAGACGAGUACGUCGGGCAAAUGGUGGUCCAGGCAGGCUGUGAAAUCAUCGAAGACUGGGUUUCCCCACUGAAUAAGGAUGGCGACCACGGCCAUCCGUGUGAGAGGAUUCGCAUAGCCGCGCGAAUCAAGUUUCGCUAUGUCACCCGCCGUGAGGCCGACUACCAGAUGCGACUUUGGCGGAAGGAAAACCCAGACUGGCGCAGGUGGAGCAUCAGGCAGGCAAAAGGAAGUUAAUCCGGAGCUUGCUCCAGUCUCGAUGCUUCGAUAUCGCCGGACAAAAUUGGAAUCCACGACUCUGGGUGCGUUUCCGGAACAAAAUGUACUUUUCAGUCAUAGAAUUGUAGCGACGGCAUGUUGGUUGUUGCAUUGUAAGAUGAUGUUGUACAACACGCGCAUUGUUUCACUACAUCGAAUCUCUUGUCUUCGGAAUGUAAAAUUUUUCGGUCUACAGAAGAGCUCGAUGAAGAAACGGAAAU